ACUCACUGUGUAGCCUAGACUAGCCUGAAACUCUUGCCUUAGCCUCCUGAGUGCUGAGAUCACAAGCAUGCGCCACCCUCCCUGGCUUGUGUCUGCUGAUUUUUUUUUUUAGUAUCGGGGAUUGAACUCGGGUCCUUGCGCUUCGUGUCUGCUGAUUUUAAUUUGCAAGUAAAGAUUUGUGAAUGGGGAAUAUGUUGUGACCAGAACCCAGAGUUACAUGUCAACUGAGUUUCUUUGGAGAAGGAUGUUGCAUUGUCAGAACUGUGUUCCUGGGGAAGUUGAUAUUGUUAACGAUGUGUUUCCAAAGAUUGCGUAUGAUGAGAAAUCUGUUGAGUGGCCUAGAAAAGGUGUAUCGUGUCCAUUCAGCAGCAGAAGCAAAAUGCAGGUGAAAGGCACUGAGUAGAACAAGUGAGCCAGUUUGGGUGUGAAUUGAAUCAGUGACCGUUUUAGUGCUACUAUGUAUGAGGCCUUCAUGAAUUGGACCACCACAUUUAGGGCCUGUAGAACAAAUGGGUACAAAGGAGACAACAACAUAGACCCAAGCUGCACCAUUGCUGUGAGAUCACCAUCUUCUCCCUUGUUGGGUUCGGAAGUCGGAAACCUCCCUGGAAACUGUCCUUAAGUUGUUGGGCAGUUAGAAUGCCGGUCUCCCUCUUGCACUCUGCUGACCCUCUUGUUGGCCCAGUAUCUACCUUUUGCCUUCUCUCUGGCUGACAGAGUGGGAAAUGCGACUAAAAACUGAAGGUUCAGCACUUCGACAGGAUUUAUUGAGGGGAUAUACUUGCAGUGGGACACACAUGAGCUCGGUGACAUUUGAGGAUGUGGCUGUGGACUUCACCCAGGAUGAGUGGGCUUUACUGGACGUAACACAGAGAAGUAAUGCUGGAGAACUACCAGAACCUGACCACAGUAGAAUGGAAAAUGUGCCUUAAAACCAGAGGAACAACAUUUCAGCAGGAUGUAUUUUGGUCAGAUACACCAAAGAGGAUACAGCAGGAAUGCAGAUACCCUUAUACAGAGAGGAACAGAGAUUGUCACUGUUCACUUGGUUGCCUGAGCUGUCCUGACGUGUCACAGAAGAGAGUGUUCAGUCAUGUUUCACCGUCAGUCUUAUGGGAUGGAAGCCAUUGAUUGGUCCCAGGGUUUAUUUUCUAGUGGCCCAGACUGCUUUCAUGAAGAACAGACAAAAGCAGAAAGUGUGGUGGCUGACUGUUUCCCAAAUUAUAAGGGUUCGCUGACCUUUGAGGAUGUGGCUGUGGACUUCACCCUGGAGGAGUGGGCUUUACUGAACCCAAUUGAGAGAAACUUAUACAGAGAGGUGAUGUUGGAGAACUACCAGAACCUGGUCUCAGUAGGGUGUCAGCUCAUCAAACCCAGCCUGAUCUCUUGUUUGGAAGCAGAAGAAGAGUUACGGACAGUGGAGAGAGGUGUUCUCCAAGAACGGGCACUGCGACUUAACAUCAAACAGAUAGCACUUCAACAGGAUAUUCUUUGGUUAAAAACAUCAAACGAGAUACAACCGGCAAGGAACCAGCGCAGAGAGAAGUUGUAUGGCCUUCAGCCAUGUGGAGAAAUCGUCAGAGAGCAUUCAUGCCUUUUGACACAUGUGGGUACACAAAACGGAGGGAGCACUUGGGAUUGUGGUCAGUAUAGAAAAGGCUUUCCUGCUCAUCACAAGGAAACAUCUUCUGCAGACCAACUUCCUGUUUUCCGCCAGUAUGGAAAAGACUUCAGUGUGACUCAGGAUGUGGCUUACCAGGCAGUGUAUACACAAGCACAAUCUUUUGAAUGCAGCGACUUUAGUCAAGCCUUUGUCAGUCAGCCACAGCUUCAGAUACAUGGGCGAACUCGGAGUGAAGACAGACUCUUUGAAUGGACUCAGUGUGGUGAGGCUUUUAAUCCCUCUGUGAGUCAUGCUGCACGUGUUCAGAUGUUCACGGGGAGAAAACCCUACGAAUGCAAGGAGUGUGGGAAAAGUUUUAAAUAUUCCGCCAAUCUUAAUAUUCAUAUGCGAACCCAUACGGGGGAGAAACCUUACCAGUGUAAGGAGUGUGGAAAAGCCUUUUCUAGGUGUUAUCCACUAACUCAGCAUUUAAAAACUCACACUGAAGAGAAGCCUUUUGAAUGUAAGGUUUGUGGAAAAUGUUUUAGAAAUUCCUCAUGCCUUAAUGAUCACUUUCGAGUUCACACUGGAUUGAAACCCUACAAAUGUAAGGACUGUGGCAAAGCGUUCACAGGGCGCUCUGGCCUUAGUAAACAUUUACCAACUCACACUGGAGAGAAGCCGUACGAAUGCAAGGAGUGCGAGAAGGCCUUCACUUCCUCCUCUGGCCUCAUUAAACACAUGAAAAGUCACACGGGAGAGAGGCCCUUCGAAUGUGACCACUGUGGGAAGGCUUUUGCUUCUUCUUCAUCCCUUAUUACACAUUCAAGAACCCACACUGGAGAGAAGCCCUUUGAGUGUAAGGUAUGUGGGAAAGCGUUUACAUGUUCCUCCUACCUUCGCAUCCACAUGCGAACUCACACUGGCGAGAAACCCUAUGAGUGUAAGGAGUGCGGCAGAGCCUUCACUGAGCGCACAAGCCUCACUAAACACCUCCGCACACACACUGGAGAGAACCCCUUUGAAUGUAACGUAUGUGGGAAAGCGUUCGCCUGUUCCUCCUACCUGCACAAUCACAUACGGACGCACACUGGCGAGAAACCUUACAUAUGCAAGGAGUGUGGGAAAGCCUUCACUGUUUCCUCACACUUAAGUAAACACAUAAGAAUUCACACGGGUGAGAAACCUCAUAAAUGUGAGGAGUGUGGCAAGGCCUUCACCGUGCGCUCAGGCCUCACUAAGCACGUGCGCACUCACACUGGGGAGAAGCCCUAUGACUGUAAGGAGUGUGGGAAAGCCUUUACCACAUCUUCAGGCCUCCUUGAACAUAUAAGAAGUCACACGGGAGAGAAACCCUAUGAAUGUGACCAGUGUGGGAAAGCCUUUGCUUCCUCCUCAUACCUUAUUGCACAUUUAAGAAUUCACACUGGAGAGAAGCCCUUUGAGUGUAACAUGUGUGGCAAAGCGUUUACAUGUUCCUCCUACCUUCAUAUUCAUAUGCGAACUCACACGGGGGAGAAACCCUAUGAGUGUAAGGAAUGUGGCAAAGCCUUUACUGUUUAUUCACACCUCAGUAAACAUGUAAAAACUCACAGGACAGAGAAACCCUAUAAAUAUAAGGGCUGCGGGGUAGCCUUCAGUACUUCUUCUCAUCUUCCUGAACGGAAAAACACUGCAGAAAAGCCCUUUGGAUGUAAGGAAUGAGGAAACGGCUUUAGGAAAUCCUCUUGCCUUAGUAUUACAUUCAGAUUCACAGUGGCAAGAAACUGUAUCGAUGUAAGCCAUG